CAUAGGGUUAUGUAAUUUUAGUUUUGUACAUCAUUCUUUUGCUUCCCCUUUUUUCUGUUCAUAAAUUAUAAGAAACUUGGAUGAUUUUAGGGUCUAGGUCUGCCACAAUUCGUUUUCUUUCUCAUGGUUUCUGCUGUUGUAAUUGUUUGCUGGUGCUGAUGGAAUUAAUCAAUAACCAGAGCAUGUUUAUCAUCAUCCAAGAAACAGAGUUUUAGAUGUAACGGAUAAGGGCGGGGUGGGGGAUAAUGUGGUCUUUUUGUUCACUUCAUGAGCUUGGUUAUUGUUGGUUGGAUGGAUUCUUUCCAAUAUAUUAAAUUAAUGCCUGCUCUCUGUGUUUUGAUAUUCUUUCUUUAAUUCUUAUUUUUAAAAAGUGAACGCUGUUAAUCGAUGCUUCUCGUUGGUCUCACGUGUGUUUCUGCUACUCCUUAGUCCUUGGCCCUUGAAUUCUCCAAAAAAGCUGACUCGUUUUAUGAGCUUGUGGUAACGCAUGAAGAAAUUCUUCUUUUUCAAAUCUUCUGCAUCUAGCAGUGGAAGUAACAACGAUGCAGCUCCGCCAAAAUCAACAAAUAAGCAAACGGCCUGGGAUAGUUUUUCAGACAUUGGAGUGAAUAAUAAUCAGGCUUACGGUAAAACUGAGGAUUACUUCCAGAGCCCCAAGGGCUUCUUCUCAAAAUCUCGAAAGCAUGUUUCUGAUACCCAGAGUUCUUCUGCUGGUCCAGAUCUUAGAAGGAGCAGGUCAUUGUCAUCAUCUGCCUACCAGUUCAGAGAUCCAACCAGGUCUCCUUCAAGUAGCAUUGUCAGUGAUCCAUAUCAACAAGUUGGGCAUUCAUCUCGUUCUCAGGCUCCCAACUAUGAGAAACCAAAGCGAGACAAGCCAGCACAAGUUGCAGUGUCUUCUGUCCAAAAUUCACACAGAUACGAGAGACCUGGGUCUUCUAGUUCUUCAAGAUCUCAUCAUGAGUCAUCAGGGAACUCUUCUUCCACUUGUUCAAGCAACAUUUCUAGUAAGAUUGUGGAUCGUUACAUUGAUGGAGAGCAGCAUCCAGAGGAAAGUAGACCCAAGAACAAUUCACAAAGAAGUAAUAGUAGACAUGGGAAUUAUGGUGUGAAGCGUCCUCCAAAAGUACAGCUCACAGCACCUAAUUCACCAACUCAUGGAGUCAAAGAUAAACCAAGGACUCAUUCAUUUAGAGAAGCUAAAGCUACCCGCCUUCGUUUCUCAUCCCGAGAUUGGACAGAAAAUGGGUUUGGACCAGAGUCUCCGAGGAGUCUUGCGAAGAAUGUGAUUGAGAGACUUUCUCAGUCUUGUGAUCUCCCGAAGCCAUGUUCAAAGAAUGUUAACAUCGAUAAUCCAAUCACCAUUGAAGAUAUCUAUUCUAGAUCUGUGAAUGGACACUAUGACUCUGAUUUUGAUGAUGCUCAGGCAAAAAAUGAUUUGUCGGAUGAACCCUAUAGAAUGACAAAUGGCUAUCAUGGCAUGGAUGUCAAUUUUGAGGGUUUAAGCUGUGAUGAACCUGAAGAGGAUGCGGAUGCAGAACUAAUUAGAAGAUCAAAGGAGGCUGAGGAGAGGGCUAUUCUUCUCUCAAAGAAACUGGAACGAGAUAGCUUUUUUCCUGAUGAUGGUUAUGAUGUGUCAGCACUGAUUCGGACAAUCAGACAUCUACUAGAGGAAAAAAUAAGCUUGGCUCUGGAAGUUUCAACCCAUCUAAGGUCUCAAAUUGCCGACAGAGUCUCUGCCAGGGAUGAACUUAGCCGUGUAAAGACAGAACUGGAGUUUCGGACUCAGAGACUAGAAAAAGAGAAGAAUGAGAUGCAGUCAGCAUUGGAGAAGGAAUUGGACAGGAGGUCAAGUGACUGGUCAUUUAAGCUUGAGAAGUACCAGUUAGAAGAGCAAAGGCUUCGUGAACGAGUAAGAGAGCUUGCAGAGCAGAAUGUAUCACUUCAAAGGGAAGUCUCCUCUUUUAGUGAGAGGGAAAUGGAAAGCAAAAGUGUGAUGGCAUAUACUGAUCAACAACUCAAGGGAUUGACUGAUAAGACAGAGAUAAUGAAAAAGGAGAUUUUGGAUUUGCAGCAAAAUCUCUUGGAACUACAAGAGAAAUAUAAGAUAGCAGAAGAAAAUAGGGACUGUUUCCUUAGAAAUUUUGAAGAGAAGGAGGAGGAGUGCAAGGAGUUACACAAGUCCCUAACCAGAUUAUUAAGAACUUGCAGUGAGCAAGAGAAGUCAAUAACCGGAUUACAAGAUGGGUUUAGCGAGGAGCUUCAUAAGAACCAUCCCAUGGAGAGUGUUGACAAGCACAUUGCAAACCAUCACAUGGAGAAUGUUGACAAGCACAUUGCAAAAAUGCGAAUGGAGCAAAUGAGAUUAACGGGUGUAGAACUAGCCUUGAGAAAGGAGUUAGAGUCUUGCAGGUUUCAGGCAGAUUCUCUUCGCCAUGAGAAUAUAAUACUCUUGAACCGGUUGAAAGGUGAUGGAAAAGAAAGUGUUGCUGCUACUUAUAGACUAGAUAAAGAACUAUGGGCCCGCAUCUACUGCCUUCAGAAUCAAGGACUAACAAUGCUAAAUGAAAGCACAUACUUGUGUUCAAAGUUACUGGAAUUUGUUAAACGAAAAGGAAGCCACCUUCGUCAAAAUGUUCAGCUGGAUCGAGAAGUGAUUGGAAAUGGUUUAGAUGGGCAAUUUAUUGUUGAAUCUGAAACUAAAAUUCAGGGACUCAAAAGUGGCACUGAGGGUUUAACAAGGAGUUUGCAGUUGAUGUCUUCUUUGUUGAAAGAUAAGUCAAAUCCAUUGACUUCUAAAUUUCAAUCAGAGAUUAUAGACGCUGGUAAAUUAGCUACACUGAAUGAUCAAUCAUCCGAGGAUAUUUUAAGAACUGAACUUAAAGCAGAAUGUUUGGUGACAAGUUUAUUAAGAGAGAAGCUGUACUCUAAAGAGCUCCAAGUUGAGCAGAUGGAAGCUGAACUUGCUACAGCAGUAAGAGGAAACGACAUACUUAGAUCUGAGGUGCAAAAUGCGUUAGAUAACCUUUCAAGUGUAACCCACAAGUUGAAGGACCAUGAACUUCAGAUGUUGAAGAAAGAUGAGAGUAGAAACUGCCUUCAAAAUGAUCUGCAAGAGUCUAACAGGGAAUUGACAAUCAUGAGGGGAAAACUGCCCAAAGUGACAGAGGAGAGAGAUUAUAUGUGGGAGCAAGUGAAGCAAUAUAGCGAGCAGAAUAUGCUGUUGAAUGCAGAGGUCAAUGUAUUGAAGAAGAAGAUAGAGACACUUGAAGAAAACAACCUCGAGAAGGAAGGUCAAAUAUCCAUAUUGCAAGACUCCCUUGCCAAAAGAUCCUAUGAUGAUCUCCUUGGGAGUCCUGCGCAUGAUUUUUUCAGUACAAAAUUGCUUUAAUAGCUUGUUUUCUUGUAGGCCUAUUUCAUUGUUCAUAGUUUACCUACAUCUGUGAAUGAGUUUUCUUUUUAAUUGUUGCUCUUCUUUUAUAAUCUAUUUCACAGCGUUUUUCUUUACAUAUGUGAAGUGUAAGAUCGGACAAACAAGUUAAAGAAUACAAAGUUGCAUUUUCCCCCAUUGCUCGAGGAAUCAA